AUGGCCUAUGACUGCUAUGUUGCCAUCUGUAAGCCACUGCAUUACUUGAUCAUCAUGAAUCAACAGGUUUGCAUUCUGUUGCUGGUGGUGGCCUGGGUUGGAGGUUUUUUGCACUCUGUGGUUCAACUUCUCUUUGUGUACAGCCUCCCGUUCUGUGGGCCCAACGUCAUUGAUCACUUCAUGUGUGACAUGUACCCGUUGUUGGAACUUGCUUGCUCUGACACCUGUUUUAUAGGGCUCACUGUUGUUGCCAAUGGUGGAGCCAUCUGUAUGCUAAUUUUUAUCCUUCUACUAAUCUCCUAUGGGGUCCUCCUAAGCUCCCUGAAGACUCACAGUCAGGAAGGGAGAUGCAAAGCCCUGUCUACCUGCAACUCUCACAUCACAGUAGUUGUCCUCUUUUUUGUUCCCUCUAUUUUCUUGUAUGUUAGAGCUGUUUCCAACUUUCCUGUUGACAAAUCUAUGACUGCAGUCUUCACGCUUAUCACUCCAAUGUUGAAUCCUCUUAUAUACAGCUUGAGAAAUUCUGAGAUGAAAAAUGCUAUGAAAAAAAAAUCUGGAAUAGAAAAUUAA